AUGGGCGACCACUUCGGCAUCUACGACAUGUUCUCUGCCGUGUACAACUUCAUCGCUUGUGGACCCUGUGAGCGUGUUGAUGCUGGGGAAAUUGACUUUGGCGAUCAGGAAGGCAUGGCAAAGGUCUUCGAAGUGCCUUCAUGCCUUGAGAAGCUUGGCGAUGUCACCCAACGACGGAAGUUUCCAUGGCAGGUGAUGCCCAAGAUCUCGGAGUACUUCGACGUGCUGGAUUUCAGCCAUUUCCGGGUGACCUGCCGAGAGCUGUCUAGCACCAAGGUGUUCGUGGAGCACAUGGCUGCUGUCACUCAGCGCAGGCCCGACACCUACUUGGCUUGCCACCACCUCCGUGGAGACGUCCUCCCAGAAGGGACCGACCUGUAUCAAAGCUUGGUGUAUCCCCACUUGGGCAAAGUGAAGUUGUUUCGAAUGGAAUCCUUGGACGGGUACCGGGAGAUGCAGAUCGAUGAGCAGCUUCGAGCAUCCUGCGAAGGUUUCCGGUCGUUGUUCCAUCCUGCUGCCCUCGGCCAUUGGUGGCAAGCGAACCCGAGAGCCGUCAGGGCUGUUAUGGACGCAGUUGCGACACUGGCUCAGCAUGCUGAACAUGCUGAACACAGCAGCGGGCUCUGGCAGUUGACCUUCGAUGUGAUGCUGUUGUGUUUCACUUGCAUUCACGACACGGACUUCAAAGCACAGUGUGCGGAGCAAGUGUUGACGUGGCUGGCGAUGGACUGCUUUAGCAACGAUGCAGAUUACUUUUACGGGUGUCGCUGCCUGGUCUACUGUCAGCCCUUCCCACACUUGUACGACAUGCAUAGCAACGUCCUCCAGCGCAUAGUUUGCAAUACGAGACGGGCGAAGCAGGGCGUGCGUUGUUACACCAGGCAGACGGCGCAAACGGCAAUGCACAUGUGGAAGCUCGGUCAUACUUGGUGGGCCUUCUACGUCUUCGACCACAUAGAUGCCGCGCUUGAGGACUCAGUCAUGAAGAACAUGAAGAACAUGUGGAACUGGGCAAGUGCGAGUGCCAUGUCAGCCGUCUAA